CUCUUUUUUUUUUUUUUUUUUUUAAAAAAAACUCCGGCAACGUUGGCCUUUGGGAGGCCGCGUAUUGUUACCGAGGGGUGGUUUCUUUUCCUGCAGUCCCGAUGUGUGAUUGCAGAUGGAAAACAAAGUAUUUUAUGCCUACGUUUCUAAAAUAGAAGAAAUGGACUUGGUGAAAAGAGGCCAGUCUGUAAAGGACAUAGUAAGAGAAUUUAAGGUACCACCACCUGAGAGAAGUUGAGAGUGCGUUUGACUUUUGGUUUUGCCAAACGCGACGUUUUCCGUUUCCUUCCGGGCCAAGUUGAACCUGCCCAGCCCCCGUAGGCAGUGGGUCAGAAGUGCCGGUCAAAAUGGAAGUGAAUCCCCCUAAACAGGAGCACCUGCUGGCGCUAAAAGUGAUGCGGCUGACUAAGCCUACUUUAUUCACCAAUAUCCCGGUAACAUGUGAAGAGAAAGACUUACCUGGAGAUCUCUUUAACCAGCUGAUGAGAGAUGAUCCUUCAACUGUUAAUGGUGCAGAAGUUUUAAUGUUGGGAGAAAUGCUGACUUUGCCACAAAAUUUUGGGAAUAUAUUUUUGGGAGAGACCUUUUCCAGUUAUAUCAGCGUUCAUAAUGAUAGCAAUCAAGUUGUAAAAGACAUAUUGGUAAAAGCUGAUCUUCAGACAAGUUCUCAGCGUUUAAAUCUUUCAGCCUCCAAUGCUGCAGUGGCUGAACUUAAACCAGAUUGUUGUAUUGAUGAUGUCAUACAUCAUGAAGUCAAAGAAAUUGGAACACACAUCUUGGUAUGUGCUGUGAGUUAUACAACUCAGGCUGGAGAAAAAAUGUAUUUUAGAAAAUUCUUCAAAUUUCAGGUUCUCAAACCAUUGGAUGUGAAAACCAAAUUUUACAAUGCAGAGAGUGACCUCAGUUCUGUGACUGAUGAAGUAUUUCUGGAAGCCCAGAUUCAGAAUAUGACAACCUCACCUAUGUUUAUGGAGAAAGUUUCAUUGGAGCCAUCUAUUAUGUACAGUGUAACAGAAUUAAAUUCAGUCAGCCAAGCUGGAGAAUGUGUGUCUACGUUUGGGUCAAGAGCAUAUUUGCAACCAAUGGAUACACGCCAGUACUUAUACUGCCUAAAGCCAAAGAAGGAAUUUGCAGAAAAAGCAGGCAUCAUUAAGGGAGUAACAGUAAUUGGAAAAUUGGAUAUAGUAUGGAAAACAAAUCUAGGUGAAAGGGGAAGGUUACAGACCAGCCAACUUCAAAGAAUGGCUCCAGGUUAUGGAGAUGUUAGGUUGUCUUUGGAGGCAAUACCAGAUACCGUAAACCUUGAAGAACCUUUUCAUAUUACCUGUAAAAUAACAAACUGCAGCAGUGAAAGGACUAUGGAUCUGGUUUUGGAAAUGUGCAAUACCAAUUCCAUCCACUGGUGUGGAAUUUCAGGAAGACAGCUGGGAAAGCUGCAUCCAAGUUCUUCGCUCUGUCUUGCCCUUACUCUGCUUUCUUCAGUACAGGGACUGCAAAGCAUCUCUGGCUUAAGACUAACAGACACAUUCUUAAAGAGAACAUAUGAAUAUGAUGACAUCGCACAAGUCUGUGUGGUAUCUUCUGCCAUUAAAGUGGAAAGCUGAAGGAAACUUCCAAUGUUAGGCUUUUCAUUUAGUUUCACAGAACUGCUCUUUUUGUCACCUUUGUAAAAUGAUGACGUCAACAAUGAAGUAAAUAUGUUUCUUAAAUUUCUUUCCUGUAAAAUGGUUAAAAUAUUAAAUAUUUGUUUUGAAGAGAUCUGAUUUUAUCUUGUAAGUUAUGUUCAAAAUGAACAUGUGUAUAUUUUCUACACCUAUUAUUUAAUUUCAUUUCAUUUUAGAUGACCAUUGGACUUUAUUCUCCAAAAGCUGUGUAUCUAAGACCAUUUGUCCCUAGCAAGUAUCUAGAACACGAGUCAGCACACUUUUUAUGUAAGGUACAAGAUACUAAAUAUUUUAGGCUUUGCAGGCCGUAAGGUUUCUGUCACAAAUACUAAACUCUGCCAUUGUACUGCAAGAGCAGCCAGUAGGCAAAAAAGGUACAGUGGUGUACACAAAAAGAAGCAGUUGGACUCGGGAAGCUGAGGCAGGAGAAUCACUUGAAGCCGGGAGGCGGAGGUUGCAGUAAGCUGAGAUCAUGCUACUGCACUCUAGCCUGAGCGACAGAGUGAGACUCUGUCUCAAAAAAAAAGAGGCAGCUGGGCAGAUUUGGCCUGCAGGGUAUAGUUAGCUGACCUCAAUCUAGAAGAUAGAGUUGUUUCUUAGAACUUUGUAAUAUUUUGUUUAGAAAUAUUUCAGUUAACUCCAGUUUUUUUCCUAGCUAUUCAGGCAGCAGAAGAAGUUUGCUUAAAACAAAGGGGGUAGUCCUCUUAUAACCUGAUAUUUGUUAACACAGUAUAAGCUUUCUAGUUGUUUUCAAAAUUACUGUAAUGGUUUGUGUCUGUAUUUGUAUGUUAUACCUACAAACAUACAUAUCUUUCAGCUACUGAACACAUCAGAAUUGGUUUUACUUUUUAGGUUGUUUUUUUUUUUAUUAACUAUUAACUAGAAUAAUACUUAUUUUCUAAUUAUAAGCCAAAAACUCCUGGUUUUUUUUCUCAUUGAUUAAGCCACUUAUUUUUAUAAGGUAUAUUUAAAUAAUUCCCAUCUUCUGAUAUGAUUUUAAACUCUAAAUCAUGUGUUACUGUUACAAAACUUUCUCUCUCCAUGUAAUCACACUUAGUUAUGAGCAAAGCAGUGAGAAAGCUGAGGUGAUAAACAACUUUGCAGCAUUCAUGUAACAAAAAGUUUCCGUAUUUGUCAGGAAAACAAAAGCUUAGGCUGUUAAAUAAAAGCUAUUCUAUUUUGGUAAGUUGAAAUUCAAGAAUGUAUAUAUAAUUUCUUAAAUGUAAGAGUGCAUUAAAUCAAAUACAAAAAUUGGUUUUUCAAUGCAUCAUUAUUUAUUGCCAUAACAAAUUGUUUGGUCCAAAAUGAAAGCUAUAUUCAGAAGGUUUGCACCUCAAAAUUGAGCAAUAAUUAAUGAAAUGUCUGUACAAAAUAAAGUGCAAGCAGUGUAAAAUUGAAGUCUGUCUUUGUUUCAAAAUGAUUAAGAUUGAUUAAAUGAUAUUAUAUUUU